AUGUCAGCAGCCCGACCCCGCAGCGUCACUGGCACCUCCCCUUCCACACCUACAGCCCGGGCCGAGCGCCUGCAGAAGAAACCCACAACCUCCACAGUCUCUGGGCCAAUCACCCCUCUGCUCACGGGCAGCAAGCCCGCACGCUGCAGUGUCUGUAUCAAAGGGACCUCCAACUCCCACUCCACCGAGAGUCUUUCCGCCAGUGAGCAUUCUUCUCCCGCGAGCAGUCCUGGAGCGCCAUCCCUCAAGCAGACUCCCGAUACGACACAUCAGGAUCUCCCGGCGCAGUCGCCAUAUGAUAUCGACCCCGAGUGGCUGGCGCGCCCAGAGGUGUUUGCGGAUCUCAAGGUCCACCAUGGGCGGCAAGUGGACCUGCGAGGGCCAAAAGUGUAUCUGCACCGGCAAGGUUGACAUCCCGUGGCCGCUGUGCGACGAGUGUCUGGGGCGCUGCUGGGGGGUCAUGUUGUGAUCUGACUGGCCGGAUUCUCAGGUUCUGAGGUGCGUGGGCAGGUGUCCAAGUUACAGGUAGGUAAGUAAGGUACCUAGGUAUGUACCUUGAGUGGGUGAGGUACACAAGGUGAACCUGGGUGAGAACUACCUAUGCCGGUUCGGUUCGUGUUAUCAAGUCGUUGAGUUGCUGCCCUACCUUCCGGGUUACCUAGCAAUCAAGGUAUCUGUGGCUACGUUUACUUAGGUAUCGUGGGGGGUUGGUUCCGGAAUGGUAGCUCGAGAUGCCCUAGGGACCAGCCUGAAUUGCCCAAGUUUGAAGAUUGAAGCGUG